GAUAUAAUUAAGUGUUUCGGCGAGUGUCGACCGUCUACCAUCCGCGAAGAAGUCAAAACCGUCGGUUGUGACGGUAGUGGUGGAUGGCGACGGGUAUAAAUACCGAAUUCUGCAAGGAAGCAGCAAGCAGUUCACCAGCAGCACUUGUUAGGAAUUCAUAGUAUUAAGUUUAUCACUAUGAAGCCUUUCAAUCGUGUAGCCUUCUUAGUCCUCUUGGCGCUUACCAGUACAGUCGCCGAGGAGAAGAAGGCAGCUGACGAGAAGAAGCACACCAAACGCGGGUUACUCGACGUGGGCUACGGCUACGGCCGCGAUGUCGACCAUGGAUACAGCCCAGGUGACGGUGGGCAUCACGGCCACAUCGACCUGGGUCACCACACCUCAGUGGAGAAAACCAUCACUUACAUCAAAGGCAUCCCCGAACCCUACCCGGUAACCAAACACAUUCCAGUACCAGUGGAGAAACACAUUCCUGUACCAGUCAAGGUCCACGUACCAGCACCAUACCCCGUGGAGAAAAAGGUACCUGUACCAGUGAAGGUCCCCGUCAAGGUGGGUGUCCCCAUUCCAAAACCCUACCCAGUGGAGAAAACCGUACCGGUGCCAGUGAAGGUCUACGUCGACAAACCCUACCCAGUCAAGGUCUACGUAGAUAAACCAUACCCAGUCGAAAAGAUCGUCCAUGUACCCGUAAAGGUCCACGUACCAGCACCUUACCCCGUGGAGAAGAAAAUCCCUGUACCAGUGAAGGUCCCAGUCCACAUUCCGAAACCCUACCCAGUCUACAAGAACGUCCCAGUUGAAGUGAAAGUCUACGUGGACAAACCAGUACCCAAAUACGUCGACAAACCAUACCCGGUGCACGUUGAGAAGAAGGUACCAGUCCCCUAUGAUAAAUACGUACCAUACCCAGUUGAGGUUAAAGUGGACCACCCUGUACCAUACAACGUAGAGAAACCCUACCCGGUGCCAGUAAAGGUCCCUGUUCCACAACCCUACCCGGUGUACAAGGAAGUCAAAUACCCCGUGGAGAAACCAGUACCUUACCCAGUCAAGGUACCCUAUGACAACCCGGUGCCCUAUGAGGUGACCAAGCAUGUGCCGUACACCGUCGAGAAACCCGUCCCCGUGCACGUGCACGUCCCAGUCCACGUGCCCGUCCAUCACGAGGAGGAGAAGAAGUGGUAGGUGUGCACCGCCCUGAAUCCCAUAACUAUUUAUUGUGAUUGUGAAGGAACGUCUUCUGGAACUGUUUCAUUUGUAUCGAGGGCAUGUAUUAAUGAUUGUUAAGUUUAUCUUUUAAACGUUUACAACGGCGCUGUUUGUUUUUUGUCAUAAAUAUUUUUUUGAUUUUGUUAUACUUGAUGAUGAUGACUCUAUGUGUGUAUGCAAGGAAAUAAAAUUCUUUUACACAUA